AUGGGGAAGCUUAGCAUUUUCAAGAUUGUCUUCAGCCGGAACAAGGAGAAAUAUCAACCCGGUGAUGUCGUGGAAGGACAUGUUGCAAUAGAGAUCAAAGAUGGCAUCAAGGUUAAAGGUAUCUAUCUUGAAUGUGUGGGCGAGGCCUCCGUGGGCUGGAGCGAAAGUCAACCCACCUCGUCUGAUAAAAACAGACGGAACCACAUACGUUAUUACAAAGCGAACGAAACGUACUUCCGAUAUGAGCGGGAACUCAUGAAGAGAGCGACAGAGCGGCGGGGCAGUAUCAGCGUCCAAGAAGGAAGCUACAUGUACCCCUUCAACUUCCGACUGCCCCAGCACAUCCCGUCUUCGUUUGAAGGUUCCCUCGGACAUGUACGCUACUGGGACAAGCAUUUGAUUUAA